CGCGGGGUCGUAUUCCGGGGAACAUAGGAUUAAGGACUUUCUGGCCAGAAACGCUACGCGUACUAGUGGCUGUACAAGAAUGUAAGAACUUGUAUAUAUUAAAAUAAUAAAAAAAAAUCGUUGGUGCUAGAGAGCAGCCAGGAUGGGGAAUGUAGGUACUGUAUGAGGAAUAAUUGGUCGUGGGAGGAGCGAUAAUUGGUAAGUGAGGGUAUCUUAAUUUGCAACUAUCAAUUUGAAUGUGAAGGGGAAGGUGGUUGGUGGGGGCACGUGGGGGCAGGUGAGGUAGUGGACUACCUGGCACACACCACAGUAAACAAACGUAGUUUGGUGGUGGCCAUGUCAAGUGGCAGUAUUGUUCAGGGUGUUGGCAGGUCCUCAAAUUGAUGCGAGCGACAUUGAAACGGCCAUAUUGUUUACUUAACUAUGUAGAUUGUCAAGGAAGAACAGGGUGUGGUGCCUGCCAAAACUACAGUGUCUGGUCUCCCAUGGGCAGCCCAUGAGCGAGGCGGGUGUUGGGGAGAGUAGCAGCAGCAGCAGCAGCAACAACAAUAAUAGAGGCUCUCCACCGGAGGCCAAUAUGGAUUCCCCAUGGCCCCUCUCUCUCCGUACUAUAGCUGCAACUUUCAGUGUCUUCAUGGCCGUCCUGGUCUUCCAUCCCAGUCUUGUGAACUUCUUGGUGAGCAGUGAAGAAACCUCCAUCACCCUCAACAAUGUUCAGAACUUCUUUCUUUGGACCAGACGUCACAAAGCUGCACAAGAGUUGGAAGUGGGGUCACAUGCAUCUCUGGCAGCUACUCGCUUCUACCCACAUCGCACAUACAUAAUCAUCCAUGGUUUCCUUGGAUCUGGCACUGAUGGUUGGAUAAUCUCUAUGAAGGAUGCUCUGCUGAGUCGUGAGGACUGUAAUGUGAUUAGUGUCAACUGGGCAGCAGGGUCAUUGACUGCUGAAUACUAUAUGAUACGGGUACGGGUGCCAAGUGUGGGAGAGGACGUUAGCAAGCUUCUUGUAUUUCUCCAGCAUGCAGCAGGCUUGACUCCAGACCUUGUACACAUCAUUGGACAUUCUCUAGGAGCUCAUGCAGCAGGAUUUGCUGGAAAAAAGAUGAAUGGUACACUGUCAAGAAUUACAGGUUUGGACCCUGCUGGCCACAUGUACCACCAGGUUGAUUCUGCUGAUCGUCUAUACAAAACAGAUGCUGCCUUUGUAGAUGUCAUCCACACUCACGGCUGUACUACUCUCCUUAGCCAGUGGACGGAUUGCUAUGGCAUCGAUGAAAACCUGGGUGAUGCAGAUUUCUGGCCCAAUGGUGGGGAGCGGCAGCCUGCUUGUGCCGAGGGUGGCGACGGCCCUUCUGCUGUCAAGGAUGGCAGUAGCUGUGACCAUGGAAUGGCUUAUGUACUGUAUACAGAAAGUAUUAUAUACAGUGCAUCUACAACUCAUUUCCUUGCACGGCCAUGUAAUUCAUGGAAAAUGUACAACACCCGCAUCUGUCCAUGCAGUUAUCCUUCACAGUAUAUGGGAUUCAAUGUCAACCCAAAGUUUGGUGCAUGUGGCAGUAUUAAUGACCUUAAUGAUAAUACUGGUAAUGCUGGCAUUAGUGCAACAAUACGUUGGUAUCCCUGUUGUGACAAGGCUAAGAGUGGUACUAGGAAUGGAUGAAGGUGAUUGGCAAGGUUUUAAAGGGAGUCCAUCCUCACAGUUGCUGGCUGCAGGAGACAAGGUUAUUACCUAAAUCACCACCUCAUGAAGGUCAAACAUUAAGUCUAUUCAGCCAGGUGACACUAUUAGCAUUUAUUGCUUUCUUUUAUUAUUAAUAAUAGAAAAAGGCUUGUACAAUAUGCAUCAUUGAGGUACAUUUGUUUUUUAUUUUACACCAAGUUUGUAAACUGUGCUUGAUCCUUCAGUGAAAGAAACUUAAAUAUCGUAAGUUUUUGAAAAUCUCUCUUUUUUUUUUUAUUUACUACUAGCUAAUUUAAAUUUAAGUAAAGAAGGGUUAGCUGCUAGAUAAUGCAUACUGCACAGUUCUCCUUAACCACUGUGCUGCACCAACCGAGAAAACUCUUUUAAUAUUUCGUACCAAUUCCAAAUGCAAUCGCUGUAGGUUGUGUAUGAAAUGGGCUCAUGGGACCUCCAGUGAGAGGCAACCAUCUUGGGAAAAUAUCUCGGAAUGUCCUAGGGCUGCUGGCUUGCUUAGUACCGACUUAACAACCAUGGGUGGCUCACGUGCCUCUGGCUCCCAAACGCCUAUCCGACGUGGUGUUGAAAGAUCGCUCUGUCGGUGAAAUUCAAUAAGGUGCAGUAAGGACCUAAUACAAGGGUUGGAUGCAAGUGAUACAGCACCGAUGACGAUGAUACAGAGUGCAUAUCCAGUAGUAGCUGAGCACCAUUCAUGCUCACCCGUUAUCAUCUCCAAUUUUUAUAGAUGAUACAUAGAAGAAUCGUUUUCUGGGUUCAGUGAUGAUGUAUCCGAUACAAGUAGCAUAGAUGAACAGUGUUAGCAGCUUCUGUUGUGGUGUUUUCCAUAGAUCUUUCAAGAAUAGCUGAAUCUCUUCCAGAAUACCUUACAAUUUAUUUUUAUUUAUUUUAUAUAUAUAAUAAUUUUUUUUUUAUAUAUAUAAAAUUUAAUCUUAAUUUUUAUAUUAAAACCCCUCUACAAUAUACUGUAUAUAAAAAAUUUUGUGAGGGUACCACCUCUGGUGUCAAUGUGGGGACCCUUAGCCUUGGAGAAGAAAAUAAAAAGUAUUCAGAGAAGACCUUAUGGUUUCUCGCUGAACACUAAUAUUAUCUUCUCGUACCACACGAAGGUACAUUGCAUUUAUACAAGUACACAGCAUGAUGUGUUUACAUUCUUUUAAAGCCACUAGCAUGCUCAGUGUUUCGGGCAGGUCCUUAAUCUAACAGAUAAUAUUAAGUGGGUAAUUUCUAGCAAAAUUUUGUAAAAUGUUAACAGGUUCAUUUUGCAAGCGAUCUUUUCCCUAAUCUUUUCAAGACUACCUUACACUUCACAAGCUUGGCUACAUACCACCUACAGGUACUAAAGCCAAGGGUGAACAUACCUUUAGGUGUUUACGGGGCUUAGCGUCCCCGCGGCCCGGUCGUCAAGCAGGCUUCCUACGACUGCAUUGAGCUACAACGCUCUUAUUUCCCAUUGAGUUUAGACACUCAAGAUUCCCCAUCGAACCGCCACACUCCCGCAUCAAGCUCGGCGACUCCGGUCUCACUGGGCUCUGCUCUGCUCCAAGCUCCAUCUCAACAUCUACGAUAAUGCCAACAACUGACUACUGUAAUCAAGGCUAAAUAAAUAUGAAACCCACUAAACACUAUGUAUCUAAUCUACCCAACAAUGUAACAUAACUGUACGUUACAUUUGUGACCCUGGAGUGUAUUUAUAUAGUAUAUAUAUAUAUACUAAUGUAAUAACAUACAAGUGUGUUAUUUACAAGCACACAGAACGAAGAAACAGGAAACUAAAAUCUGUUUGUACCUGGAGCAACGAGAGCAGAGUCGCACUGUGUACCGUGGACUGCUUCAUUGAUUAUCACUCGUCCGAAAUACUGAGUGUUACUGUGUAAAUAGUGUGUGAAACUACAUAUUGUAAUUUUAGUGAAUUUUGAACGAGUAAUAUUGCGCCAAGAAACAUUGUGGACACGUUACUGAUGUAUAUCACAGUUCCCUGGAAUAUUACAAACGUUCUACUGUGUACAUAUUGUAAAGGAUACAAAUAUGCAUCAUAUACAAUAAAAAAAAAAAAAAAAAAAAAAAAAAAAAA